CCCUCACACAGCUCUCUCUCUCUCUCUCUCUCUCUCUGUGCUUUUUCACAAAAAAGACUGAAGUGGGGCUGAAACUGAAACAGGGCAAGUACUCGUAAAAGGAGUGCAGUCUCUUGCUCUCCUUCAUUCUCACAGUUUCCUGUUUAAGGAGGCCAUUUUGUAACUCAGCCUGGAGAAGAGGCACAACAAAGUUUGGCAUUGUUUUUAUUUUUUUCUCUCCCACGGCCGGGAGUUUCACAAUCGAGUUUGGACUUUCUCCCCUGCAGAGCAACUUCUUUGGACGACAGAGGGGAAGGAAGGAAGAAGGAGGAAGGCAAGCAAGAAGCACGAGAGAAGUUUGCUCCCUCUCACUGUGUCUUUCUUUUCUGCGUCUGUCACAAACAUUGCACAUGCUUGUCAUGCCAGGAGUGUGAAGACUAGAGAGCACAAAAGAAGAGGCAGAAGGGAGGACAGAAACACCACUUCCUGGAUAAGGAUUUCGUCCUUGAUCCACUGGGAGGGGGUGGACACAGGACACAGAGGAACCAGGGGCUCUUUGCUCAGUGUGUGUCCAUGUGUCAGUGUGUGUGCCCCUAUCUCCUCCACUGAGACAGUUCAAAUGAGAUUUCUGAGACUGCACCUGGCUGUGUGUUUCUGAGCGUGUAUUCUGAGAGCUCCAGGCAGCUAACAAACAGGACUCUGAAUGGCUAACGCUAGCCCUUGUAUGUCUUCAGGGGCCAUGGCCCAGGUGUUCUUUCCUCCUGGGGGCUCCUCACCACCGGGCUCAGCUGUGAUGCAGCAGGGGACCCCCAUAUCCAUGCCCUCCAUGCCCGCUGCUCAGGGUGGUUUUCCUAUGAUGGACUUGACACCUGGACAGGGUCCUGGCGGGACUUUGAUACCUUCACUGCCUCCCACUCCAGCAGGAGUUUCCUUCAUCAUCCAGAUCGGCCUGACCAGAGAGUCUGUCUUGAUGCCCCAGAGCGCUGACCUGGCCUAUGUGAAGCAAAUCGCCUGUUCCAUUGUUGACACCAAGUUCCCAGAGUGCGGCUUCUAUGGCAUUUAUGACAAGAUUUUGCUGUUCAAGCAUGACACAGCCACCAAUAACAUCUUGCAACUGGUUAAAGGUGCCAGUGACAUCCAGGAGGGAGACCUGGUGGAGGUGGUGCUCUCUGCGGCAGCCACCUUUGAAGAUUUCCAGAUUCGGCCACACGCACUCAAUGUGCACUCAUACCGGGCCCCAGCUUUCUGUGAUCACUGUGGAGAGAUGCUGUUCGGACUGGUCAGACAAGGACUCAAGUGUGACGGAUGUGGACUGAACUACCACAAGCGUUGCGCUUUCAGCAUCCCAAACAACUGCAGUGGAGCUCGGAAACGGCGUCUGUCCACCACCUCUCUGAGCAGCAGCCAGUCCCUGCGUCUCUCCACCACUGAGUCGUUGUACAGUGUAGGGACGGCCUCCACCUGCACAGAGGACGCCAGCCUCAUACGCUCACACACACAAAUGCCACGGACCCCUAGUGAUGCUCGGCGCUUCUACACGGGCCGACCAGUUCAUUUGGACAAGAUCCUGAUGAGCAAGGUGAAGGUGCCCCACACGUUCGCAGUCCACUCAUACACACGACCGACGGUGUGCCAGUACUGCAAGAGGCUUCUUCGUGGACUGUUCAGGCAGGGCCUACAGUGCAAAGACUGCAAGUUUAACUGCCAUAAACGCUGUGUGUACAAAGUUCCUAAUGACUGCCUCGGGGAGACCAUCGGAGACAACAGAAGUAACUGCGACAUGUUGAGUUCAAGUGCUGACCCUGAGGUGCCCAUGGACUACAGCGAGGGGUACGACGCCUCAGACAAAUCUUCCAUAGAUGACUCAGACGAGGCCUGCAGCAUCCCUGGAUCCUUUUCUCCUGACAACAACCAGGAUGGAACCAGUGGAGACCAGAGUGUUUACAUCCCGUUAAUGAGGGUGGUGCAGUCGGUGAGACAGACGACUCGACGAUCCAGCACGGCUAUCAAGGAGGGAUGGAUGGUUCACUACAGCAAUAAGGACACACUGAGAAAGAGGCACUACUGGCGUCUAGACUGCAAGUGCAUCAUCCUUUUCCAGAACAAUACCACCAACAAAUACUACAAGGAGAUCCCUCUGUCCGAGAUCCUGGAGGUGCGUCAGGCUGGCAACUUCGCUCUUGUCCCGCCUGGCACAAAUCCUCACUGCUUCGAGCUCAUCACAGGCACUAUGUGCUACUUUGUAGGGGAGGACCCCAACACCCUCCCUCCUCUGUCCCCCAGCAACCCCCAGACUCUCCCCCAGACCCCUCCCUCCCCCAGCCAAGUAGCUCCCAACAGCGGCAUCGGGCGUGAGGUGGCAAAGGCAUGGGAGAGCGCCAUUCGCCAGGCUCUCAUGCCAGUCAUCUUUCAGGACGCACCACCAGCUGAGGGGAACACAACUCACAGACAAGCUUCUAUCAGCAUAUCUGUGUCCAACAGUCAAAUCCAAGAGAAUGUGGAUAUUGGUACAGUAUACCAGAUUUUUGCCGAUGAAGUGCUGGGAUCGGGACAAUUUGGAGUGGUGUAUGGAGGAAAGCACAGAAAGACAGGGAGGGAUGUGGCUGUCAAAGUCAUCGACAAACUUCGCUUUCCCACCAAACAGGAGAGCCAGCUGAGGAACGAGGUGGCCAUACUGCAGAGUUUACGUCACCUGGGCAUUGUGAAUCUGGAAUGCAUGUUUGAGACCCCGGAGAAAGUGUUUGUGGUGAUGGAGAAGCUUCAUGGUGACAUGCUGGAAAUGAUCCUCUCCAGUGAGAAAGGCAGACUGCCUGAGAGGCUAACUAAGUUCCUCAUCACACAGAUUCUUGCGGCUCUGAGACAUCUACACUUCAAGAACAUUGUUCAUUGUGAUCUGAAACCUGAGAAUGUGCUGCUCGCCUCUGCUGAUCCCUUUCCCCAGGUCAAGUUGUGUGACUUUGGUUUUGCCCGUAUCAUCGGGGAGAAGUCUUUCCGUCGCUCGGUGGUUGGCACCCCGGCCUACCUGGCCCCAGAGGUCUUGCUGAACCAGGGCUACAACCGCUCACUGGACAUGUGGUCGGUUGGCGUCAUUAUGUAUGUCAGCCUGAGUGGGACAUUCCCCUUUAAUGAGGAUGAAGAUAUCAAUGACCAGAUUCACAACGCAGCAUUCAUGUACCCUCCCAACCCUUGGAAACAGAUCUCCAGCGAUGCAACUGACUUGAUAAACAACCUGCUGCAAGUUAAGAUGAGAAAACGCUACAGCGUGGACAAGAGUCUCAGCCAUGUAUACUUACAGGACUAUCAGACGUGGUUGGACCUGCGGGAACUGGAGACUAAACUCGGCAGGCGUUACAUCACCCACGAGAGUGAUGACAGCCGCUGGCAAAUGUUUGCUCAUGAACAUACUUUGCCUUACCCGGCUCACCUUGUGGCUCCUCCUCCCGCGCCGGCCUCUGAUAAUGAGGAAGGUGGGGAGGAUGCAGAUGUGCAAGGUCUCACCGAGAGGGUCAGCAUCCUCUGACCAGAGAGAGACUGAGGACUAAAUGGACCGAGUCCAUUUAGGAGGUAGGAAAGAAGCAGGGAGAGGAAGGAAUAGUCGACCAUAGCCUGAAGGAGACAUAAAGUUUUAGGGUUCUAAUAAGAAUAGCGUCCAGCUGUUAAGACUUUCACAGCACAGCGUGUCUCUGCCAGCAUUCAAUUUUUACAACAAUAAAUCCUCUUUCUCUCCUCCAGCCUUAGGUCAUCAAAACUCCCUUCUGCUUUUUCACCUCUGCUGGUAUUGGCCCUCUUUCAUCCUUUGACACGUCAAACUCUUUUCAUGAUAAAGGCUGCUCUUCUCUGUUUCACAUCCUUUGUGCCGCUGAUGUGAGCAGUCUUAACAGGUGAUAUUGGAGUCAAACUUUAAAUCGGAGUUUCAUGCAAGAAUGAGGAGCAGCAUGUUCUUCUCCUCUCACUGCAAGAUGCCACAAAAUAGGGCAGGAAAUGCCACCUCACCACACACAGUACAGAUAAGAAUAUGGCGUAGACAAUUGAAUGUUUUUCUAAAAAUGAGACUACCUCUCAUGAAAAAAAAGAGGCAACAUUUGUUAUUGAUGUCAUUUAAUGUGACUCACAGAAAUUAGAGCCCCUUUUAUGUCUUUGAUAAAGAGCGGUUCAGUCUCUUUUCUGUGCUUUACGGUGACAAAGAACUUCCUCUGUGCUGGUAAUUACUAAUGUGCAGACAUGGAGUCAAACCCAUCUACUUUCACAAAUGCAUCCCCAUAAAUGGAAGUCAUGUAGUGAAAAGUUAUUGAUCUGGUGACAGCAAAUCCUCCAGUAAUUACCACAACUUUUAAGCCACAAUAGACUCUUAGAAAAUAUAUGUGAUUAAAGAUGUCUUUGCGGGUUUAAAUGAACUCUAACAUUGGGCUGUUCAUUGCCUGAGUUUGCCACUCCUACCCAUUUCUGAAGUGAAAAAUAUAUUCACACGUGUGUGUACAUAAGCGUCAAAUACUGCCAGUGGAGACAGUACUGUUUAAACUGAGCAGGAAAACGGACACCUCUUUUAAACAACACAGUUCCUCGUUUACUCUUGUUAAGAAGAGCAGACCUCUUCCUAUGAUUUAAGUGCAUAGACAGUCGGUUUGGGUUACUAAACUAGGUAUUGGAGAGUGUAUGUAGUUUGAUUAUUGACUAGCUGCCCUGUUAAUAUGUUGCAUGUUUCUGCAAAGUAGUAGAAUUAUCUAGAUACAAUAUAAAGCAUACUGUAGUUAUGAUGGUCUAUAAUACACGUGUAACCUUAAGUUUAUGCAGUUGUCAAAUAUGUAUCACACAUUUGAAGGAUAAUCCCAGCCUUGGUAAUAGAUAAUACAAACCUAAACAA